AUGAUGUAUCAUACAUCACUCAUACAUAUCAUCUUGGAACCGGUCAUUCGUCUGGUGACCGCGAGAGGAGACGGCCGCGAGGUUAUCAUGUCGCCGCUGUUUUAUUUGAUUAGUGUUUUGUUUUUGUCCAGUAUUUGUGGUGCAAAUAGUUGGUCUGUGUUUAAAUCUUCUCUGUACGGAUUAGUAGAAUGUACACACGAUAAAAAUGCAAAUAUGUCAGUCGACGAAGUGCAGAUAUAUCUAUACGAUUUUCAAAACCAGAUGAACUUUACUUUCAAAAUAGAUGCAGCUUUAGAUGGGAUAACGUCUCAAUACAAUUUAGAUGUGUCAAGACGACUAAUACUUUAUGUACCUGGAUUUAAAUCUAAUAUAUACAAACCAAACGAAGAAUUGAUCAGACAAACCUUUAAAGAUGUCAAAAAUAUAUACCUCAUAAUGAUAGACCAUUCCGCAUACACGAAUGGAAAUGGUGGAAAGGUAAAAAGCUACGAAAGAUCUGUAUCAUAUGCUUAUUAUAUAGGAAAGGCCCUAGGACAGUUCCUUGCGGGACUCCAUGAAAAAGGUUACCCUACAAAGAACAUUCAUUGUAUAGGACACAGCCUUGGUGCUCAAAUGUUAGGGUAUGCCGGAGUUAUGUAUUACAAUAAAACAUCUGAAAAAAUACCAAGGAUUACCGGACUCGAUCCAGCCGGUCCGUGCUUCUCAAACGCUUUAAUAGAUGAGCAAAUACGAUCUGGUGUAGCAGAUUAUGUAGAAGUAUACCAUUGUAAUGCUGGAGGUUUAGGAACAACAGCUGUAUUAGCUGAUGCAGAUUUCUUUUUCAAUAGAGGAAGGAAACAGCCUACAUGCCUUCAUUCCGUUUACUUAUCUAUUCCGGGCUAUGGAGAAUAUGAGAGUGCUAAAUGCAGCCAUAAAGCUUGUGUUCGAUUGUGGGCGGCUAGCGUCGGUCAACCUAAUUGGUAUUUGGCAUGGGCGUGUAAUACUUAUGAGAACUUUCAAGCUGGAAGCUGUGCUGGUAACCAAAUGACGUUAGCUGGUUAUUGGAAUCCGGGUAAUGCGACUGGAAUAUUUUACGUUUCGACUUAUGGUUAUGAGGUAUAGCAAUACCAUGUAUUUUGUGUAUUGGUAGCGAAUAAAUUAAAGACUGUUUUUAUAAGUUUACAUUUUGUA